UGACUAGGGCUGAAUAAACGCCCUAGAACGAGCCAUGGCGGAGGACAAGAGGCGCCGUUCGAAGUACAUGGCAUACGGAUCCAAGCGCAAGCGCGGCGGUGCUUCUAUCCCCAUUGGGCGCCAAGGCUUCCUCAUCACCUGCGAUGGAGGGAGGGAGCGCCAGUGUUCCCGGGAAUCCAUCAAUCUGCUUGAGCGGUAUUUCGAGGAUCUUGGCGGUGUCAUCAGCGUCGCGGAGGACGAAAAUGCCGAGGGCGAGCAAGCUGCCGCGAAGUCUAGCGAUGCGUCUGAGAAGAACUUUGACGAGCUUUUGAAGGAGGAGAUCGUCGAGCUCCGAGACAAGAAGAAUGCGCGGUUUGUAAGUUCUGAGACGGGGUGUAAUGGCGUGGUUUUCAUCGAGAUGGUGAAAGCGUCGAUCGGCCCCGUGGAACUUGCCGAGUCAAUCGUUCGCAUGGUAGCCAGCACUAAGAAAUCCAGGACAAGGUUUUGCAUGAAGCUGCUACCGAUGGAAGUGACAUGCUACGCAUCCGCCGAGGAAGUGAAGAUCGCUGCCCAGCCGCUGAUUCUCAAGCACUUCCCAGCAGAAGCUGCCGAAGGGACCAAGUUUGCAGUGGUUUACGAAGCCCGGGCAAACACAGGGCUUGACAGGAUGACUUUGAUCGACGCCGUGGCUCAGCUCGUCCCAAAGCCUCACGCGGUGGACCUCAAAGCGCCGCAAAAGACGAUCAUCGUCCAAGUCGCGAAGACGACUUGCGGCAUUGGAGUCCUGAGUGGAUACAAAGAGCUCGCGAAAUACAAUUUGAGGCAGCUGGUUUUACCACCCGAGGACGAGGAGGAGAAACAAACGAAAGAGGAAGAGGAAGAAGAGCCCGAGGUGUCCGAGGAGGAGGCUGAGGAGGAGAAACAGUGAGCAAAAGCAACAAAAAGGUCCUGCGAGCUUUCUUAUUCAAGCUCAAGAAAAUAGAAGAAGCGAAGGAAAUGUCCUCAACCAUCAAGUUUGUCACCACGAUCUCUCGUUCGUUGAUCA